AUGCCGGCCGAGGCGGAUGUGGUUAUCCCUGCACCCGGCGAGACGUUCGUCGGCGAGGACGGAACUGUCUCCGUCGUGCUGGAAGACAACGCCGACGGAAACUACGAGCCGACACAGGAGGAGAUUGAGGAGUUUGCCGCGUGGAUGGGGAUGCAGCUGCCGGAAGACAAAGAGUUUCUGCAUAUUGCCCGUGAUGGGCUAAAGGCGCCUCUGCCGAAGGACUGGCGGCCGUGCCGCACCAAUGAGGACGAAAUCUACUACUUCAACUUUAGAACGGGUGAAAGCACAUGGAACCACCCGAUGGAUGAGUUUUUCCGCGAGAGUUUUAUUAAAGAGAAGGAGCGAAAGAAAACUGGUGGUGGUGCACACAACCGUGAAAGAGGCGGAGUCGGUGGAACUACCACUACUACUGCAGGUGGUGGUGGUGGUGGGGGUGGUGUCAGCAGUAAUAGUGGCGGCUCGGGACUCAUUAUGAAGAUGCCACCACCAGGAACGAUGAGGGAUGCCACGGCGACUUCCCCCGUGGCACUCGGGUCGGCCCUCGGCUCCACGAAGCUAACAACAAACAACGGGCUGACGCUCAAGGGCCUGCCGCCCCGUGUGGUACCUGCAGCUGACGCGGCAAAGCAGACGACACCAAGCGGCGGCGGCGGUGGUGGUGAGCGGCGCAUCAUGUCGGAGGCUGAGAAGAACCUUGAGGAGAAGAUACGCGAGGAGCGCGAGGCGGAGUUCAAGGCAGAGGAGGAAAAGGCGGAGGUGAUGCAACAAGAACGACUGCAGGAGAUGCGGAAAAUGCACGAGACAGAGUUGACGCGACUGCGGGAGGAUCUUGAGGCGAGGUGGGCGGCGGUGCGUGGUGAAGCUGCUGCGGCGGAGGAGGCGGAGCUCAGGCGCAGACGGCGAGAGCUGGAGGACACGUGGAAGGCCAGUCUUGACCGCGAGCGGGUGGAGGAGGAGAAGCUCAAGCAGCAGCUGGCAAGCCUAAAAGAGGAGCACACGCAGCGCGUCGCCAGCGAGGUGGCGAAGGCGGAGGCAACCUUGAAACAGCAGCUUGAGCAGCAGCGGAAGCAGAUGGAAACGAGUGCAGCUGCAUCACUAGAGAAGGUGAGAGCCGAGGCACGUGCCGAAUUCACGGCACGGAAGGAUGCAUUGCGGAACAAGUCACAGGAAGAGAUGAGACAGCUCAAGGAGGCGGCCGAGCGGCGCCAGAAAACAGAAAUGGCCUCGAUGCAAAAGAAACAUGAGGAGUCGAUGAAGCGUCAGGACAACAGUAGCGCUGUAGCAACAACGACAACACCGGCAGCGGCAUCUACAGGCGCAUCAACGGCAGAGAGUGACAGCGCUCGAGUCGCUGCCAUACGCGCGCAAGAGAAAGAAGAAGUCGCCGCCAUUCUGUGUCGAUCACGCGAGGAGCAGGAGACUCUUCGCACCGCAAUGGAGGGGAAGCUCAAACAAAUGCGCAGAGAGCUCUGUGAGCUUGAGGGUCCGGCCCCUGUUUCUCUCGGAAACGCGCGCAGCGCAGCAGCUGGAGCGGCGGGUGACGCACUCGAGGAGUUGCGCCGCCGCUGGAGGGCGGAGGAGAUGGCACGCAUACGGGUACUCGAAGACGACCGCCGAAAGAAACUUGCUGCAGUGCAGCGGCCGCCGCAGGCGUCUUCCACGCCAUCGACACCCUUGUCCCCUGCCUCCACGAAUACGGCCACCACCACCAAUACCACCACCACCAAUACCACCGCCACAACUGCUCCAACAGAAGAGGGUGCGGGUCUCCGUGCGGCCUUCUCCGCUGUGCUAGCUCAGAAGGCGAAGACGCUGCAAGAGACGGAGGAGCUUCUCCGUGCCACACUUCAGGAGGAAUUCACGCGCACCACCGCCCCGAUGGAGGCGCGGGUGACAGGGGCUGUUGAGGGUGCCGUCAAGGUGUUCAUCCGCUCCACUGAGGCGCAGCGGCGGCUCGAGCAGGAGGACUUCGAACGCCGGCGUGACAAGGCGUUGGCAGCCCACAAGGUGGCGAAGGAGGCGUACGACAAGAAGGUCGCCGAGCAGAAGGCGAAGCUGUUGGGAGAAGCCAAGGCGGAGAUGGAGGAGAUGUUGCGCGAGGCGCAGCAGAAGGCGGUGGGGACGGCGCUGCAGGCGAUGGAGGCAGAGCAGCGGUCUGCAGAGGAGAAAAUCCGCCGCCGCUAUGAUGAUGAGCGCCGCGCCUUUGUGGCGGAGAUCGAUGAGGAGAUGCUGGCAUACGCACAGAAGGAGCGCCAGGACGUUGAAGCACAGGAGGAAGCGAGGGCUAAAAAGCAGGAGGAGAAAAUGCGCCUUGCGGCGAAGGAGGAGGCUCUGGUCAAGGCACAAAAGGCGGCGGAAAAAAGAAAAGAGGAAGCAGCAGCAGCAGCGGCGGAAGCAGCAGCGAAACGCCAACCACCACAGACUCCUGGGAUUCCGCUAGAGCUGCUCCAACGGCGCCUUAGCGCGAUAGAGAAGACAUAUGAGGAACAGGAGUUGAAGAUGCAGGCGGAGCUCGAGUCGAUCAAAGCAGAGAUUGCGAGGCUGGGAGAGGCUCUCGUGGUGCAAGAGCAAAAACCACCGCAAGAGCAAGAGCAGCCACAACUGCAGCAGCAGCAGCAGCGACAGUAUCAGCUACAACUAUUACAACAAUAUCAUCAACAACAGCUGCAGCAAAUGCGUGGUGGCCCAAUCGCUGAAAUGAUAUCCUCAACAGCCUUGCAAUCCGGCACGGAAGAAGUCCGACACCCCACGCCCUUCUCUUCCGAGGCAUUGCGAUUUUUGAAUGAACAGCAGCGUGAGUUUAGCACACGGCGCGGGGCCCUUAAUGCUGCUCGUGAGGAUUGGCACAAUGAAGUGCGCAACGCUAGCCUUGCGCCAUCCCUCAACAAUGGCGGCGGGGGCCUGCUGUGCGACACCGCAGAUGCGGGCCCAGUGAACUCGCAGCUGCUCUCGCUCGUCGGUACACUUGGCGACCGCCUCGAGCACCUUACGGGGCACAUCAGCAAACUGCAGGCCGCGAAGGCGUCCGUGUCCCCGGAACGACAUCAUCAUAAUCGUCAACAUCGACACCACCACGAGGAACAGAAACAGCAUCGAAGACACCGUUCCCCCGCGGGCCGCUACCACACACAUGAGAGGGAUGCAUCCGGCACGAAAAGGAAAUCGCCGCGCUUGAGCCCCUCGAAACAGCGGCCACACACCGAGCUUGUGCAGAAGUGGAGUCAGAUCCUUCUCGAUCUCGCGGCACCGCCACAGCGCCAUGGCGAACUUAGCGCCUCCAUUCAGCGCUUCGUGACGGAUUAG